CUCCACAAUCAUUUCACAGCGAGAGAGGAGCGCGGCAGCCCGUCCGGGAGGAGGACCAUGAGACACGUUUUGACGCGAGAAUAAAAUAACUCAUGGAAAUAGAGGAAUUACUCUGACUUUUUUUUUUUUUUUUUUUUUUUUUUAAACGUCCAGAUCGAGAAACAACGUUUCGUUACGAUGAGCGCGUGAGCUGGUUCGCAUUCGUAUUUAAAUAUUUUCAAAAUAAGGAAGAGUUUGACUGGUCUGAAGAGAAGAUAACAACGUACACAAAAGCAUUAUGUCGUCCACUGAAGAGCCGUCUGGAACGGUCCUGCACCGGCUCAUCCAGGAGCAGCUGCGCUAUGGAAACCCCACGGACACACGCACCUUAUUAGCCAUCCAGCAGCAGGCCCUGCGUGGAGGCAGUGGAAGUGGACCCAGCAGUGGAGGGGACAUGGGCAGGAGCCCGCGGUCCUCUCUUGAGAGUCUCACCCAGGAGGACCCUCCGUUCCCUCAGCUCUCUGCGAGGCAGGAGCCCCAGGGCCAGGAGCACCAGGGCGACUACCACCACUCAGAGAGUGGCUACCAGCUCUACCAGCUGCACGGGGAGGAGCUGCCAACUUAUGAACAGGCCAAGGUGCACUCUCAGUAUCUGGCCUCUCACUGGGCCCCCACAGGCUCCACUGGGCAGCUCCAUGGAGGGCUCCUGCAUGAGGGGGCCUUCCACGAAGAGGCUGAUCUGAUGGAGCUGAAGUGCAGCCACGUGCGGUCACUCAGUGAGCAUCGCAUGCAGAUCUCUCUGGAGAGGAGUGAUGCAGCUGCUAAAGCGGAGGCCAUCAAGAGCACCUCUCACAGCUACCCAGAGCUUUCUUACUACGCACCACAAGGCCUCCAGAGCACGAGGCAGAGCAUGGACAAGCGCACCCCGCCUCCAGAGUACUCGGCCCCCAUCCAGGGCCAAGGAUUUAUCCCUCACCAGGUCCAGGAGCCGGUGCAGGCACAACAGCACAGGUAUGUCCAGUCGGGUCAGCCAGCUGAAGUCCCUUGCUACGGCUCAUUCACCAGCCUGCCACCUGCUGGCUUGGAGGAACCCAACCAGGUGGAGCUGCUGCUGAUGGAGAAUGAGAGGCUGAGGCAAGAGCUGGAGGCACACAGGGAAAAGACUGGCCGUAUUCAGAAGUUGGAGCAGGAGAUCCAGCGUAUUUCGGAGGCUUAUGAGACACUGAUGCAGGGCAGCUGUAAGAGGGAAAACCUGGAGCAGACACUGAGGAGGAGACUAGUGGCUGAGAUCAGGAGGCUGCAGGACUUCAACAGAGACCUUAGAGAAAACUUGGAAAAUGCCAGAACGCAUGUCGCAAAAGAAGUAGAAGUAGCCGACCAUAACCAGCACAUCAUGGCGAAACUCCUUGAACAAAACGAGGAGCAGAACUCUGAGCGGGAGCGCGUAGAGCGGGAGCUGGAGCGAUUUCGAUCCACGGCGGAGGAGCAGAGUCUGAGGUCGAAGAGACUCGAGGAGGCCCUGGACGCAGCUCGCGGACGAGGCCGCCAGCUCGAGGAGGAGUUGAGGAGGAAAAGGGCUUAUGUGGAGAAGGUGGAGAGACUUCAGAGUGCGCUCGCCCAGCUACAGUCCACCUGUGAGAAGAGGGAGACCCUGGAGAUGAAGCUGAGGACACGACUAGAGCAGGAGCUCCGGAGUCUGAGAGCACAACAGAGGCAGUCCCAGCCCCCAGGAGUGACCAUGGGCUCCCUCCAAGAGCGUCUGCAUGAGCGCGAGGAGCGAAUCCUGGCCCUCGAGGCCGACAUGGUUCGCUGGGAGCAGAAGUACUUGGAAGAGAGCACCAUGAGGCAGUUUGCAAUGGAGGUGGCCGCCACGGCCGCGGCUCAGAGAGACACCACCAUCAUUAACCACUCGCCUUGCCACUCCUCUAACAACAGUUUCAACGAGGACCUGCCGGUAGCUGACUACAGGAAUCAGGAGAUGGAGAACAGGAUCCGCGCUCUUUACGCUCAGAUCUUGGAAAAGGACGCUGUGAUCAAGAUCCUCAACCAGCGGCUGCAUCAGGACCAAGGGCGGAAGGACGAGCAAAGUCCCCGCACAAACCUCCUGAAUAUUGCGGAGGCCCCUCUCCGACCGGCCUCCUCCAACCCCUCCAUCAACACCGCCAAAAGCAACACAAGGAGUAGUGGUAAGAGUCUUUCAGAUGAUCAGACUUCGCCACCUCGGUUCUCCUCUCAGUCUGAACCUGGAACGCUAGAACGGCAGGUGGAAGCAACCAAAGCCAAGGAGGCUGCCAGCACAACUCGGCUCAACAGCGUAGACAAAGCAGCGCCCAAGAAGUUGCUCUUAAACCCCUUCAGAGGAGUGGAUGAGCUGGAGUCAGAGGCGGUGGAAAUCUUCAUUUAAAAAGAACCGAGAGGUGGACUUUGAAUGAGGGGAAAAACUAAACAAUUCUGAGAAUCUGUGAAGAGUGCAAGUUUUUGAAUAGUGAGUGGAUUAAAUAUUGGAUGCAAGAAUGUCGUGGAAAGUGGCCAACGCACGAAGAGAAGAAAAAAAAAAAAAAGGACUGUUUUCACAUUUUUUGAGAAAGAGCUGUGCUCCGACUCACUCCCUCUCAAUAAGCUGAACAGCUGCAGGCAGUCUGCCCAACUGGGAGAGAAAAAGAUGAAUCUUCUGAGGUACUUGGACAGUAUUGUGGAUUGUAAUACGACAACAGAGAGUGUAUGCCAAAAUAUUUAUAUAUAUAUAUAUAUAUAUAUAUAUAUAUAUAUAUGUAUAUAUUAUUGCUGCUCCCCCCCUUUAUUUCCCCCUUUACCUUCCCUCCCAACCCAGUGAAUUAAGAAGCUACAUAUUUAUCUUACCUGGUUUCCACAUUCCCCAAAUAUUAACUUAAGCCUCAUGCUCUUCUAGACAAAUAUUCAAUAAAAGGUUAUCUGUGUGACCUCCGUGCACCUCCUCUCCCAAAAAACAAGUCAAUCUGAGUAACCUCAUUCCCAUCACGUGGAUCUUAUCUGUUUGGAACACUUCCCUUUGUUCAAUAAUUUAAGCUUAAAACACAUGAAACACUGCUGAUUUGAAUGCUCUCACUGUCCACUUCUCCUGAGCUCGAGUAGCUGGCUCUGCAAAGGCUCAGAGGUGUGUGAACGGUGGGUUGCGUAAUAUAUAAAAAGACAAAUCGAUACAGACACAGUGUCGUUUGUCCUUUUUGGAAGGGUGUUGCAUCAUGGUGUUGAUUUCAUCAUUUGUUUUUCUGAUGACUUUUUCCUUCUCAAAGUAUGUUUGCAUGUGUGAUUACGGUAUGUGAGUGUGUUUCCUGAUGUGGUGAUUCUGCUGGUCCGGUUCACCAUUGUGGGAUAAAAGUUGAAAACUACACCGUGUUGUUGUUUUAUUGUGUACUGUGAGCUUUGAACUAACAAACAGGUUAAUUAUUAUUAUUAUUAUUAUUAUUAUUAUUAUUAUUAUUAUAUAUUUUAUACAGAUGUUUGUAUUGUUUUAGAUAUGAUAGUGCUUUGAGCAGGCUGCCAAAGAGUUUUAUGUAUGUUUGUUGUAAGUUAUGUGCCGACAAUCACGGUCAUGUCAAGCUGUACACAACCAACCAAGUGUUGACUUAAAACAGACAUUUCUGUGAACUUCAAACAAUAUGAAGGUUUUUACAGUUGAAUUCAUGCAACAUUUCAUAAUGCAAUAAAAUAUUCUAAUAUA